GAAGGAAGGCGGCUGAGAAGGUACAGAAGGGGCCACGCUCAUACUCUCCUUCCUCUCCGCUCUUCUCCUCCUCCGCCUAACAAAACGCUUCCCUGUUGCUAUUAUGACUUCAAAAUCUAUGUCUUCAACGAUCCUCUCUUUCGUUUCGGACGGAAACACGCCGCAUUUCUCAGAGUCUGGUUUUCCGUCGGCGUCGGCUUCAGUCUCACCGCUCUCCUCCUGGCAACUCUUAUUCUUUUAUGGCAUCUGUUCUCCGGAAGCAAAACGCUGGGCAGUCUCGGCAUUUUCCCCUCGCUGUCUGGUUUGAGAACGAUAUCAUUGGCUGAUGCUGGAUUGUUCGUCUUCUCUACCUUGCUUUCCGUCUCCGUCCAUGAAUUUGGUCACGCUGUUGCAGCUGCCAGGUCUCCGUUUCAUUUUUGUACUCGAUUAUCAUCCUAUUGUAGGCAACGAGUCGCCUAGGUUGAGAAAAAUUGCCUGAAUGGAUUCUUUUUUUGUUUACUUGAGAUUUUUGAGAAUACACAACGAUAGACUCUCAUGUUUGGUACUCUAGGCUUCUUUGAUUGGAGUAGCAGUGAUGGCAUUAGGUUGGAAUACAUUGCUGUUUUUAUUGUACUCCUGUUCCCUGGUGCUCUUGUUGCUUUGGAUUACGACUUGUUACAAGCAUUACCUCGCUUCACUGCUCUCCGCAUAUAUUGUGCUGGUGUUUGGCAUAAUGCAGUGUUCUGUGCAGUUUGUGGAUUGAUUUUGUUUCUACUGCCCUUUAUCCUGUUUCCUGUUUAUGUGCAUGCUGAGAGCCCUUUGGUUUUGGAUGUAGCUUCUUCAUCACCUUUAUAUGGUGUUUUGUCCUUUGGGGAUGUUAUAGUGUCAUUGGAUGGUAUACACAUCUAUGAUGAACAAGACUGGAGGGAUAUGACUGCUCUUCUAGGUGGAAAAAUGCUUACAAAUUUAUCUAUUUCUUCAAAAAAUUUUGGAGCAUUUGGUGGCAGAAAGGGCUACUGUGUCCCUAAUUCAUUGUUCGAAGAGGGCAUGAAGAUUAUGUUCAGUUAUAAUCAAUCUACCUGUUCUAAUGAACUUGUUGCAUUUGAGAGUAUUGAUUGCUCUGAUUCAAGUAAGCCAAAAGAUAUGGCUGGUCAUGAUGGUCUUCAGAACAACAUAGGACUAGGAAGUCAAACCUGUUUGAAUGCAAAGGAGGUUGUUAAGCUUGAUAAGUGUGGGGAUGGGUGGAUAAAAGCAACAACAAAGGGAACCACUUGCAUGUGCUCCCAGGAUGAGUCUUGCUUAAGUCCAGUUCAGUUGCCAGGUUUAAUUUGGGUUGAGAUUACAUAUUCAAGGCCUUAUUCUUCAGAAUGCCUGCAACUUAGAAGGAGUUCCUAUUCAAAUAUGAAUAAUUCUGACAUUGUAGAACAGAACUGUGUUGGAUCUUUUGUUUUUAUUGGUGAUGUGGUAUCUAUGGUGCACACAGUUCAGUUAACUGCAUAUUGGCCUCGGUGGAAUUCUGCUUUCGGUGCAUAUCUUCCAAAAUUUCUGGAAAGGUGCCUAAUAUGCACUUUCCAUGUAUCAUUAACACUAGCUCUUCUCAACAGCUUGCCAGUAUAUUUUCUAGAUGGUGAAUCAAUUUUGGAGGUGACUCUAUGUGACUUCACAUCACUAAGCCCAAGGAGAAGGAGAAAAGUUCUUCAAAUAUGUCUUUUUGGAGGAACUUCCAUUUCUAUACUAGCCUUCUUGAGGAUCUUCUUCUUCGAUUUUUACUAAGUGAAAGGCGAUAGGAAGGUCGAAGGAAGCAUUUAGGUGCAGUGUGUUUUGACAUUAGACGCAUAUAUAGAAGGUGACGGUGUAUCUGGAAUACCAUUGCGUGGAAGAUGUACGAAUACGGCACAGAACAUUGGUUGUGUUUUCUCCUUUUCCAUUUGUCUUCUUCCGGCAUCCAAAAUAAGUUGUGAACCUGAACAUCUGUUUGCAAUGUCACUUUAAACCCGUAUUAUACUAUGUCAAAUCCAAAAAUUUGGAUAAGAUUUUAUCCAUUAGGCGCAUUCUAGACAGUUACCUAAUCUUACAACUUGUGAUAUUGAUGUUUCUGUCAUUUGUUUUAGUUUCAAUUAGGUCAGGCGGAAUGACAAAAUCAU